AUGGAAGGCCAACCAGAGCAGACAGCGGAUGCGGUGGAUGUGCCAGCUGCACAGCCAGCGCCAGCGCAGCCUGAGGGACAGCCAGUGCAGUAUGCUAUACCAGCUGGUUACCAGGCGGUGGCUGUGCCUGCCAUGGAUCCUGCACAGUACACUGCGUGGCUGCAAGCUCUACAGGCACAGCAGGUCGUCGCACAGCAGAUGUUCGUGGCACAGCAGCUUGCGGGCGUAGCAGGUGCUUCAACUGCUGCUGGCCUGUAUGCUGCAGUACCCACAGCGCCUGGUGUGGCUCUUCAAGCAGCUGUCGCCUCUGCAGCACCGUCUUCAGAAGCUGAUGGACCGGCCUACACUGGUCAGAUUGUGGACUACAAUGAAGACAAGGGUUUUGGCUUCAUAGAGUGCAAAGAAACUCAGCAAAUCUACGGCAAGGACAUCUUUCUUUUACGAAGCUCUCUGAACGGUCUGAUUGUCAGUACCGGAGACAGGGUGAGCUUCAAGGUGGAAACCGGCAUCAAGGGCCCAAAAGCCGUUGAAGUGGAAAUCAUAGAAAGGAUAGCCGACGCGGCGGAGCGCCUGCCCACCUACUGGGGCAGGGUGAAGAACUUCGAUGCCGCAAGAGGUCUUGGUUUCAUCGAUUGUGAGGAGACGAAAGAGGUCUAUGACAAGGACAUCCUGGUGCUACGGAGUCAGCUAGGUGACCAUUCCAAUGACACGAUUGUGUCCUUCAACAUCGUAGAGGAUGCCCGGGGUGUCAAGGCGGCCAAUGUGAAGAUACACCCCGAUGGAUUCCCACCGGGUAAGGAGCCCAAGCGGAAAGGCAAGGGCAAAGGUGCCUUCGGCUUUGAGAACUUCAAGGGCAAGGGCAAAGGCAUCGAUCCGGGCCAGCUUUGGCAGGUGCUGACCUUGAGCUUGUCGCUGGCAUGCCCGCUGAUCACAAUCAUGUCCUACGUUGCACCAACUGGAAUGGUUCUGGAGGCAGUGCGGCGGAUGAAGGCUAGCCACCUCCCCAUGGUUGUGUUCAAAGCGCAGGCGGCCUGCAAUGUCCUAAGCAUCGGGUAUGGCCUGCAGAUUGCCAACGCAGCGGUUCUCAUGACAAACCUUUUCGGUCUGGCCUGCCAGAUCCUGUUCUUGGCGGGUGAGCACUAUAUCAGGGCUGGAGACGCGCAGUGGCUUCCUUUUGCACUGACGACGUCAAUCAUCCUCAAUGGUGGGAUAGUCGUUGCACGAAGUGCUCCAAUAAACCUCUUGGGACAGUUCAUUACAGUAUUUAACAUCUUCUUGUAUUCGUGUCCUUUGAUGAAUCUUGGUGCUGUUUUGCGUACGCGAAACAGCAGCCCCUUCCCAACGUUCAUGGUGGGUAUCAAUGUCGUGAAUAAUGCGCUGUGGAGCGUCUAUGCCUUAUUAAUUGAGGAUGUUGUGGUCCUGAUGCCAAGCAUCUUGGGCUAUGCUUGCUCCUUUUUCCAGGUGUUGUUAAUUCUAUGGUGUCGCAACCGUCUACCGUUUGACUUGAGCUUCCUACUCUCGCUCAUUCAGAAGACGAAGGCUGAGAUGGAGGCGAAAACUCCGGAGAGCGAGCCGGCUGAAGCCUCCGAUCCACAGGAUGCCAAUGACGACUGGUUAUGA